CAAGUACACCAGAUUUUAUCACAUGAUGAAGUGACUGCAGAUUUUGAUAUUUAUACAGAUAGAACACUUAUUGUUAACUCUACUGGAUACAAUGCAUCGUUUUACUUUUGUUUUCAUGUUUCUGUGGAUUUUAAAGACAUCAAAUGCCUUCAAGAUGAUAGUAAGAGAGGGCAGCACUAAGGAAUUAUGGUGCGUUGGAGAUAUGGUUUUAGAUAUAUAUUUUGCUAAGUAUGAAGGUAGAGCUAUAUACUGUGGUAGAAAUGAAGUGACAGCUAGUGUACAACAGCAAUGCAACGGACUUACAAGGUGUCAAGUCUCUGCCAAAGAUGAAAUUUAUGACGAUUCUUGUGCAUUUUCUAAUGAAGUACUUACAAUCAGAUACGGUUGUGUGGAUCCAACAUUAUUUACUGCCACUGAAGACACCCUCGGAUCAACGGCAGAUGAUAAUAGAUGGCAUUCCUCUACAAUAGACAACGACAGAAGAUCAUCGACGGUCACUGACAAUAUUAUAUUGGAGAACUCGACUUCUAUAGAACCACGUGAAUCAGCACAGACCAAUAUUAGCAAUAACCCUACAAGUGAGACUAUAACCAUAGCGACAUUAAUUGGUGGAUGCAUAUUUGGAUUGUUAUUGAUUGCUGUCAUUACAAUAACGAUAUUUCGACAUUUCAGUGGAACCAAAGACAUUUAUGCCGGUGACAAUGUAGAAAUACUACAGAUUAAUACACUUUCCGGUUCUGAAUUAGAUCAUCAUGAUCAUGGAAGUGGUCUCAUUGAUAAUGUUGCCGAAACACAUUUUUUAAACAACAGAGAUAGUAAUCAAAGGACCAAUACUUCAACCUUUCUUUCCAUGGCAUAUAAAAACAAUAGUUACACGUUGGAACCCACAACUGAACGAAAUGUUCCUAAAUGUUAUGAGGGCAGACAUGUGGCUGAAGAAACAAGAUGUAAAUAUACCGAUGAUUCUGAAUAUAGUGUCAUACAAAAUUACUCAGGAGACAUUUUACCGCCAUCGUAUGACGUUGUACGAGAAUGUAGUUCACCAAAAUGUCAGGCUGAAUGUGCAAAUAAAUAUAACCACGCUCACUACAAUGGAAAUUCAUAUGACAAAACAAAUACAACACAAAUGCAAUGGUCAAGUGACCACAAUGAUGGCUACAGUACAGCAGCAACUUAUCUUCUGGAUACGGACCAAUGUAGUCCUGAUAAUGAUAGCUCUCAGCAUGUCUACGAAAAUCAACAAAUAAAUUCCAAAGACAAAACGGCUUCAAACCAGCAUAAGACAAGCAGAAAAUUUACAUUUGGCGCCGAUCAUUUGUCAGCAGAAAAAGAGGGUAUGAAUAAAUCAACGAAAAAGAGUAAUCCUUAUGACAAUAUGAAUUUUACAAAAUCUUCUCGAGCAGCAAAAACAAACAGAAAGACAACACCGAAUUAUCAAAAUAUUGAUGACAAUUUUUCUUCAGCAGCAAACUAUAUCAAUGUUGACGAAAGCAUGUCAAUAGAAAAUCAAAAAGAAGAUUGUGAAUAUUCUGUACCAAUUAACAGGACAUCCAUUAGUCAGGGCGUGGAGGAAUCAGAACAAAACAAUAAUAAACAAUCUCAGUGUUACAUGCCCAUGAAUUUUGGAAACUCGAAGAAAAAUACAGAUUUUGUAGAAAGUGACAAUGUGUAUGUACCGAUUAUGUCCCCGACGACUUUAGUAUCACUGUCCGAUGUUUUUGAUGACACUUAUCAAUUAUAAUGUUACGGAAACACUUCAAAGGUUUUAGUUAGUAGUCGGAUAUCUUAUGAAAGGAUCAAACUAUUAGAUAGUAGGUCAUGUUAGAGUGCUGUCUUUCCGGACAAGCUACAUGAUGUAUAAAUUAAAUUAUUUAUACGUACAAUUAUUUCCUAUGGGAAAAUGAUUCAUGCUUACGGCAAUUACGAACAUUGACUGACGCAGAAAAUUAAUGAAAAAUAAAGGAUUAACACAUCUAUUCUAAACCAAUAUCGUUAUAUGCAUAAUUCUAUAUAAAAAAGGCUACAUACUGAUA